AUGUUAGGCGCCUUUAGCCUCGCGCCUCCUCCGAGUCUCGACAUCGUAUCCCCGCACCAUGCAAAACCGCCCCAGCUGGCCCCGCGCCGCACGGGUCAGACAUUGCCGCCCGCUCCCACAUGGCCCGAUUCGGCAACCGCAAGCCCAGUGGCCCGUGCAGCAGUCGCCCAAGAGUUUGCGAACCUGCGUUAUGAGGGUCACUGUCCGCUAGGGAUGUACAUCGUACCUGCGGCCGACAACCUGUUUGUCUGGGAUGGGGUGCUUUUCGUGCAUCAAGGAUAUUACACCGACUCUAUCCUGAAAUUCCGUGUGAUCUUCCCUCCCAACUACCCGGAUCGUGCGCCAAAUGUGCAAUUCAUCACCGAUGUCUUCCAUCCUCUCAUCGCGCAACAAGACGGCGAGUUCAACGUCGCCUCGCGCUUUCGACCCUGGAGACCCAAAGAGCAUCAUGUCUACGAUGUCUUGCACUGGCUCAAGGCUUCAUUCAAGAAGCAUGCAUUAGACGACAUCAAAGAGAUCGACUGUUUGAACAAGGAGGCGUUCAGGCUAUAUCACGACUCGACUUCAUCGUUUGCGGCACUCGCCACGCAGUCGUCCAUGCUUUCCCAACUCGCGUCUUCACUCUUCGACCAAGAUCAUCCUUCAAUGGCGAACAAGGGCCCUGUCCACGGAAUCCCAUUCAAGGAGCUUCGCACAGAGGAGUCGUCAGCACUUCGUCAGAGACUAGGGCUUACGGACUGGGACGAGUAG